AUGGGGAACACUGGCUUUAGCGAAAUGUUGCUCGAAAAUACAGAAGGCGGCAUUCCUCUCGAAAGUCCCGGCUUCCCCCAGACCGUAAAAGCUGUACGUUACCACGGAAAUAAAGACAUCAGAGUAGACGAUAUACCAAUCCAAGGUCCUCUGAAGAAUGGCGAAGUUCGAAUUUCACCAGCUUGGUGUGGUAUUUGCGGCACAGAUGUCCAUGAGUAUCUCCAUGGACCGAUUUUCCCACCCACCAAAGAACAUCCCCAUCCUCUCACCGGAGAUCAUCUCCCUAUCACUCUCGGCCACGAAUUCUCGGGGACAGUGACAGAAGUGCACCCUUCUGUCAAUGGACUGCAAAUAGGAGACUCUGUGGCAGUCGAAGGGUUGCUUACCGACGAGAGCUGUUACGCAUGCUCCAUCAAAAGACGGAAUACCUGUGAAAAUUCAGCCUUCAUCGGCUUAUCAACUAAUCCGGGCGGCCUCUGCGAGAGCAUAGUGAUUCCGGCAUCUACUUGCCACAGGCUUCCUCAUGGCAUGUCGUUGGAAUUCGGAGCCUUGAUCGAGCCACUUUCCGUCGCGUGGCAUGCAGUCUCGAAUUCUGGCAUCAACUCACAGCACAGCGUCAUUGUCUUCGGUGCCGGGCCUAUUGGUCUCGCAACAGUUCUGUGCUUGAAAGCCAAGGGCGUCACCAAGAUUCUUGCCUCGGAGCCGUCUAAAUUGCGACAUGCACAAGCUAAGAAGCUGGGGGCGCAAUGCGCUUUCGACCCUAUGGAAGACGAUGUUGUUGCCAAAUCCAAGGAAAUGUGCGAUGGAAUUGGUCCAGAUUUUGCAUUCGAUGCUUCGGGCGUGCAAGCUACCUUGACGACCGGCCUCAAAUCUAUACGGAAGUAUGGCACAUAUUACAACAUUGCACUUUGGGGCAAACAGCCAACAAUUGACAUGAACGAGUUGCUCUUCAACGGAAAGAGCAUCAAAUCAGACCUGUCAUACUCGCAUGGCGAUUACAAUUCGGUCAUCAGCGCCAUUGCCGAGGAAAAGAUAUCUCCAGAAGAGCUCAAAAUUUUCGUGACAUCCCGCAUCGACAUGGAAGAUUUGGAGGAGAAAGGGAUUAAGGAGCUCAUCAACUUCAAAGACAAACAUAUCAAGAUCCUGGUGUGUGUGGAUAAGAGGCAGUCACAGCACGGUGAGACAUGA